AUGUUUGGUACGUCCGCAGUAUACACUGCUCUCCUGGUACUUUGGUGUUAUUUUGUUCCUAUCAUCAAUGAUCCAGCCGUCAAUAAGGAAUCUAGUGCAACUGAGACCACUUCAUAUAUGUCCCAGGCAUUUUCACCGAGUGGAAUAAGUUAUAAAACUUUGAUUACAACCAGAAAAUCUCCAGUUAUUAGAACAGAAUCAUAUAAUAGUCCAGAGCCUACCCAGGUAUUUUCAUUGACUACGACAAGAAAAAAGACCUUAUUUACAACAGGCAAAGAUCCGGUCAUCAACACCGAAUCCCAAACAGCAGAUUUGCCUCCAGAGUCUCACAGGAUAUCGUCAACAAAUACGAGAGAUAAGACCGUAUUUACAACAAGCGAUGAUCCAUCAUUCAACACUGAAUCCGCAACAGAAGACUUGACUCAAGAGGAUAUUAGGAUAUCGUCAACAAAUUCGACAAGAAAUGACAUCUUAAUUACAACAAGCGAUGAUCCAUCCAUCGACACUGUUUUUACUCAAAUAGCAGAUUUGCCUCCAGAGGCUACCAGGACAUCGUCAACGAAUACGACAAUAGAGAACACUUUAUUUACCGCAAGCAAUGAUCCAGCAAUCAACACUGAAUCCCCAACAGCAGGUUUGAUUUCAGAGGCUACCAGGAUAUCUACAUCAAAAACUACAAGAGUUAUUACCAGAUCUACAACAAGCAAAGCUCCAACCAUAAAGACGCAAUCUUCUACUGAAAGUCAGACUCGAAAGGCUAUCCAGAUGUCAACAACAAAUACGUCAUCCGAUACGAGUAAUGACUCGACCAUCAACAAGGAAUCUUCCACAGAAAAUUUGACUACAGAGGCUACUGGGAUAUUAUCAACAAAGAUGUCAAUAUAUAAUGCCUUAUUUACCACAAGCGAUGAUGAAGCUAUCAACAGGAAUUCCUCUUCACCUAAUCUGACUCCAGAGGCUACCCGUAUAUCCACAACGACAGUAGAUGAAAUCGUUUCUGCAAAAAGCAGUGAUUCGGUCACCAACAGGAACUCUCCAACAGCAAUAUUUUCUACAAUUGGUACAUCAACUGUUCAAACACCAACAAGAAUUCCUGCAAGCGGCAUUGAAAAAAUGUAUCCACAAACCAUAUCAAAUAAGUGUGGAUUGACAAGGAACUACAUGUAUUUAGGUAAGUGUUACGCGGAAUAUGACAUACAUUCAUGGUUGCACGGUUGUGGACACACAUUCUGUUUAAAUGGGAGUUAUGGGUGUUUCGCCUCACCUGGAUACGAUAAUUGUGGCUAUGGACAUAAUCAAACCCUUUCCUGGUUGAUCAGCGUUGAUUCAAAUCAGAUUGUUAACUUAACAUUCCAUGAUUUUGAACUCGAGAUUGAAGCAGAGUGUGAAUAUGACACAACGAGAAACACUAUAUAA